UUCCAUUGUUCGGGGGGGAAUAAUCGAAUGCGUGAAGAAUUAUCGUCAUUCCGGGAAAAAAUCGUUGAAGGGAAAUUUCAGUCUUCAAUUUUCACAUUUUAUUAUUCUUCAUAAUUUAAGUUUUCGAUAUGAGGGGCAAAAGAAUCGCUAUUACCGGAGUUACUCUCAUCGCUUCAGUUGUCGGUCUCGCGAUAAUUAUGUAUUACUUCAAUCAAGACAAGUGUCCCGUGGGAACGUUCCUCUGCGAGAACAGCACGAUAUGUAUGCCACAGCGUAGCUGGUGCAAUGGUCAUAACGAUUGUCCACAGGCUGAUGACGAGAGUUACACACAUUGUUUUGACGACAGUGGAAAUUGGGAAUGGUUUCUCAAGCAACGUCCGGAGACACCCCCCUUCACUUGCGAUUGUCCUACUACUCGGGGCUGUCAGUGUAAUAAAUGCAGAGUCACGUGUGAAGGUCUCUCCGCUAUACCUCAGGAUUUAUCUCCCAACGUGACAUCAGUGAAUCUGUCGCAUAACAAUUUCAACGGAGUACAUGCAGAUGCCCUCCAGAGAUACACAGAAAUUCGAUCAUUAUAUCUGAUAUCUAAUGGAAUUGAAUAUUUGAAAGAAGGGGCUUUUUCGGAACUCUCGAGCCUGUAUUGGUUGUUUCUCACCAAUAACUCAAUCAAGGAAAUUCGACCUGGACAUUUCCGAGGGUUAUCCUCCCUUGAGACCCUCGUGGCAGAUGGUAAUUCCAUCAAUAAAGCUGAUUUUUCAGACUUCGCGGGCAGUCGAUCACUCGAGCUCAUAAACUUGCGGAAUAAUUCUCUGACAGAGAAGACUCUAAAGUUUCCGGAGCUCCCGGCGUUGAGAGAAUUGCAACUGGAUUAUAACAAAAUAAGAGUAAUCAGCGGUGAGUUUCUAGCUGGGAUGCCUUCUCUACGAUCACUCACUAUGGAAGGAAAUGGAUUAAUCACCAUCGAUCCUAAUGCAUUCAGAAAUCUUCGUGGCCUCACAGAAUUGAAUCUAGCGGACAAUGAAAUAUCUCUAAUUCCGGAUCAUCUGCUGAAGCCCCUCGUGAACUUGACACAACUUAUGAUUGGAUACAACCCCAUUAAAAAUCUACAAAUAUCGAUAUUCGAUGGGCUAAUCAAUCUUCGUUCGCUGGGUCUCGAGGAAGUUGACAUGGAAAAUUCCGGGAAACAUGCUCUUUUGCCGUUCAAAAAUCUAGAGUUCGUGUAUUUCAAGAAAUUUCAUUACUGCAAUACUUACGCGCCGAAUGUUCAAAAUUGUCGUCCAGCAAGCGAUGGUGUUUCUUCAUUAUCACACCUCCUCGGAAAACCUCUCCUGAAGGUUGCGGUCUGGGGUAUAUCAUCAGUCACGUGUCUGGGCAAUGCCCUUGUCCUGUGGGGGCGUUUCACCGCUAAAGAUGAAAAUCGUGUUUUGAGUAUUGUCAUCAGGAAUCUCGCAGUUUCGGAUAUGCUCAUGGGCAUUUAUCUCUUCAUCAUUGGUCUCGUUGAUGUACAAUUUCGAGACACGUACAAUCAACAAGCAAGCGCGUGGAUGUCCUCCUGGGGCUGCACUCUCUUAGGAAUACUCGCAAUGACUUCGUCUGAAGUAUCGGUUUUGAUUCUUUCGUUCAUGUCGAUUGAGAGAUUCAUUCUGAUUGCUGCACCAUUGAAGGGACAGCAGAGGUCUUUGACACCACAAACUGCUGGGUUCUCGAUGAUCUUUAUAUGGAUGAGUGGCAUUGUUCUCGCGCUUAUACCAGCAAUUCACUGGCGUAGCAGUACCCGUUUCUAUGGUCUCAACGGCAUGUGUUUCCCCCUUCACAUUGACGAUCCCUUUCUCAUUGGAUGGGAGUACUCGGCGUUCAUAUUCCUGGGCGUCAAUCUCGUCGGAUUAGUAACGAUUGGAUACGUGUAUGCCGGCAUGUUCGCCAGCAUUUGGCGCACUCGACACAACACCCCGUUGUUCGUCGGGGAUUCUGAGUUUGCACUACGCUUUUUCUUCAUCGUUUUGACAGAUGCAGCUUGUUGGGCACCAAUCAUUGCUCUCAAAAUUCUCGCAUUCUUGAAAUAUCCGGUUCCUCCGGAUCUCCACGCAUGGGUUGUGAUUUUCGUACUCCCAGUGAACAGCGCAAUCAAUCCUCUCCUCUACACAUUCACAACUCCAAAAUUCCGAGAACGAUUGGAGGAAGGCUGGGUGGGACAGCUUCGGAAUUACGUCUUACGAAGAACAUCGGCUCAAGAUUCUCAGGGAUCGUUGGAAGGCACUCAAGAGAGAUCGAAUUCAUUCUUGUCUCUGACCACCAAGUGGACCGGCUUCGAUAAAAAAUUUCCGAAUUACAAGAAACAUUGAAUUUACAAAAUUGAAUUUGUUUUCUAUGUGUAAUAAGUCGCGCUGAAUAAGUAAUAUCUAAGAAAAUCGUGAUGUCUUUAAUUUUUUUUGUUUGAUCAUGUUGUUAUGCAAUGCCACAUCAUAUAUUCUCAGUAUUUGCAAUAUUGAUGUAUAACGAACAGGUGUAAAAUGGGUGCUUGCGGUUUUGAAUAAACAUCUUUAUAAAAUGAAGAAGAAACGUUAAAAAUGUGAAUGUUGACGCACACAAAAUUUUCAUUCACAAAUUUAUUGAGUUCGCCAGAAAAUUCUAUUGAAUUUCUAUUGAUUAUUUCC